AAAAAGAUACAAUUUUGUGUUAAGAGUAAAGAUAUUUACAAAAAUGGGAACACCUUCAGGACAAGGCAGAGAGUAUGAUCACUCAUUCAAGAUUGUGAUGAUAGGUGAUUCUGGUGUUGGCAAGAGCAGUCUUCUUGUCAGUUUUAUUACCGGUGUCGUUACCGAUCUUCCCAACACACUUGGUAUGGAUAUCAAGAUCAAGCAGAUAACAGUGGGUGGGAAGAAAUUGAAGCUUCAAAUUUGGGACACUGCUGGACAGGAAAGAUUCAGAACAAUAACAAGUGGUUACUAUAGAGAUGCUCAUGGGAUCAUUCUUGUUUAUGAUGUGACACAAAGACAAACCUUUACCAAUUUGGCAAACUUGUGGAUUAAAGAAGUUGAAGUGUACUCCACAAAUAAGGACUGUGUUAAGAUACUUGCUGGAAACAAAGUGGAUAGAGAGUCUGAGAGGGUUGUCAGUAGGGAAGAAGGUAUGGAGCUAGCAAAACAGAAUGGAUUUUUGUUUCUGGAAACAAGUGCUAAAACUAGAGAAAAUGUGGAGAAAUGCUUUGAAGAUCUGGCACUCAAGAUGCUGGAGGAAUUAGAGAAGAAACGGCAGGAGGAACUGAAGCAGAAACCAGAAGAAGCAAAAGCGGUGGUGGAUAUUAAUAAACCAACACAGAAACCACCAGAUAAUCCAGCACCAUACACAGGACCACCAGGCGGAGGUGGAGGUGGUGGUUGUUGCAGUUAAGGGCUGCAAAUGGAGGCCCUUAAACAUAUAUAUAUACAAGCAGAAAGUAUAUAUCAAUAAAAGAAAGUAGAGACAAAGUAUAGACUUAAGUUCAUGUAAAUCUAUUUGCCUUUCAUAAUGUGAGCACUUUGGCUUAUUGUCUCAUCAUGUGAAUAUGAAAUAUGAAAUAUGAAUUUUUUUUUCUA